AUGUCCUCCAUCUUCACGACUCCUUUGGCUCCACACCUCCUCGGAAAACGACCCUUCCCCUCGCGCUCAGCGACAGAGGGCUUCGGCAGCGAUAGAAUGUCCAGCCGCAAACGCAAGGCCAGCGAAGACGACGUCGAUGACCGCAUGUCGGCCUCACCUACGGCAUCGCCAUCUGUCACAGGUCGUCAACUCUUCCCCGCCUCACGAUCUACCAAGAGAAGCCGUACCGUCGUCGCCGCUGGUCGUCCGCUUGACCUGCCUCGUCUUCUCGAAACUCUUUCUCCCGAUGAAAUGAGAAACCUCCUACAAAACAUCUGCCAUCAGAACCCUGCCAUCGCCCAUGAAGUCGUUACCAUGGCUCCCCGCCCAAGCGUCGACUCCACUCUUUCAGUCCUGCAAAAGUACGAGACGACCUUCAAGGAUUCCUUCCCCUUCGGCAACCGUCCCUCUUCCGACUACACAUACAACAGAGUCCGUCAGCCCAUGCUGCAGCUCAUCGAAGCUCUCAAGGACUUCACUCCCCACUUCCUCCCUCCGAACGAGCCUCAACCCACCCUCUCUCUCCAAUACCUCGACGCCGUCACACAAAUCAUCCACCGUCUACCCACAUGGGAUACGUUCCAACACAAUCACGCAAAGUUCGAAGCAUACGACGAGUUAGCUCAGGCUUGGGCUCUGGCCAUUCGCGAGAGUGCAAAGAGAGGCGGUGGCUUCCACCUGCAAUACGCCGGCUGGGACCAAAAGCUUCUCAAACACAACGAAGAGUCCGGUGGCAGGCUCCAAGAUGCCGUCAGCGAGUUGCGUGCGAACGUUACAUAUCUGGGUGGUGCAACCGCUGCUGCUGCCCCUCCAUCAAACCUCGACGAGCGUGCUGCCAUCAGACAACAAAUCCUGUCCGGCACUUAUGGUCCCGACCUCUCUGUCGGCGUCGGCCGCUGGUAG